CACUCUUUCAGAAAACCCUAGCACCGUAUCACGCUAGCAGCAAGAAAUCCCUAGUAGCAUCGGUAUACCUGUAGAUUGAAGAUCGAAAAUGUCGAUCGGAGAACUCGCCUGUACCUAUGCGGCCUUGAUUCUCCACGACGAUGGAAUCCCCGUUACUGCGGAGAAGAUUGCUGCACUUGUGAAGUCGGCUAAUGUCACCGUGGAGUCGUACUGGCCUAGCCUCUUCGCCAAGCUCUGUGAGAAGAGGAAUAUUGAGGAUCUCAUCAUGAACGUCGGCGCCGGUGGUGGAGGUGGCGCUGUUGCCGUUGCUGCUCCUGCUGCCGGUGGUGCUGCCCCAGCCGCAGCUGCUCCAGCUGCUGAGGAAAAGAAGGAAGAACCUAAGGAAGAGAGUGACGAUGACAUGGGAUUCAGCUUGUUCGAUUAGGAGGUGCAUUAUUAUUGUUACAAGGAUAAUAGUUCUUGUUUAUGCUUAAGACAUUUCUCAGUUGUAUACCUAUUUUUCUGGACCUCUAUUACCUAACAAGUUUUGUUUUUUAUUGAGUGCUGUUUCUUUCUUUUUGCAACUCUGUCGAAUUUGAUUGUAUUCUGCUAUAUGACUUCUUGGCCAACCUUGAAUGAGAUGAAAUUGUUUCCUUU